AUGAUAAUAUCGAUAUAUAAUGAAAAGUAUCGAAAAGAUAUCGAAAAGUAUCGAAAAGAUAUCGAAAAGUAUCGAAAAGAUAUCGAAAAGUAUCGAUAUAUAUCGAAUAGUAUCGAUAUAUAUCGAAAAAAUCGAUAUAUCGAUAAAUAUCGAUAUAUCGAAAAGUACCGAAAAGAUAUCGAUAAGUACCGAAAAGAUAUCGAUAAGUACCGAAAAGAUAUCGAUAAGUACCGAAAAGAUAUCGAAAAGUACCGAAAAGAUAUCGAAAAGUACCGAGAAGAUAUCGAAAAGUACCGAAAAGAUAUCGAAAAAUAUCGAAAAGUACCGAAAAGAUAUCGAAAAGUAUCGAAAAGAUAUCGAAAAGUAGCGAAAAGAUAUCGAAAAGUAUCGAAAAGAUAUCGAAAAGUAUCGAAAAGAUAUCGAAAAUAUCGAAAAGAUAUCGAUAAGUAUCGAAAAGAUAUCGAUAAGUAUCGAAAAGAUCUCGAAAAGUAUCGAAAAGAUCGAAAAGUAUCAAAAAGAUACCGCAAAUAUCGAAAAGAUAUCGAAAAGUAUCGAAAAGAUAUCGAAAAGUAUCGAAAAGAUAUCGAAAAGUAUCGAAAAGAUCGAAGAAAAGAUAUCGAAAAUAUCGAAAAGAUAUCGAAAAGUAUCGAAAAGAUAUCGAAAACUAUCGAAAAGAUAUCAAAAAGUAUCGAAAAGAUAUCGAAAAGUAUCGAAAAGAUAUCGAAAAGUAUCGAAAAGAUAUCGAAAAGUAUCGAUAUAUCGAAAAAUAUCCAAAAGUACCGAAAAGAUAUCGAAAAGUACCGAAAAGAUAUCGAAAAGUACCGAAAAGAUACCGAAAAGUAUCGAAAAGAUAUCGAAAAGUAUCGAAAAGAUAUCGAAAAGUAUCGAAAAGAUAUCGAAAAGUAUCGAAAAGAUAUCGAAAAGUAUCGAAAAGAUAUCGAAAAGUAUCUAUAUAUAAUGAAAAUAUCGAUAUAUAAUGAAAAGUAUCGAAAAGAUAUCGAUAAGUAUCGAAAAGAUAUCGAUAAGUAUCGAAAAGAUAUCGAUAAGUAUCGAAAAGAUAUCGAUAAGUAUCGAAAAGAUAUAGAUAAGUAUCGAAAAGGUAUCGGUAAGUAUCGAAAAGAUAUCGAAAAGUUUCGAAAAGAUAUCGAAAAGUAUCUAUAUAUAUCGAAAAGUAUCUAUAUAUAUCGAAAAUAUCGAUAUAUCGAUAAGUGCCGAUAUAUCGAAAAGUACCGAAAAGAUAUCGAAAAGUACCGAAAAGAUAUCGAAAAGUACCGAAAAGAUAUCGAAAAGUACCGAAAAGAUAUCGAAAAGUACCGAAAAGAUAUCGAAAAGUACCGAAAAGAUAUCGAAAAGUACCGAAAAGAUAUCGAAAAGUACCGAAAAGAUUUCGAAAAGUACCGAAAAGAUAUCGAAAAGUACCGAAAAGAUAUCGAAAAGUACCGAAAAGAUAUCGAAAAGUAUUGUAAAGAUAUCGAAAAGUAUCGUAAAGAUAUCGAAAAUAUCGAUAAGAUAUCGAAAAGUACCGAAAAGAUAUCGAAAAGUAUCGAAAAGUAUCGAAAAGAUACCGAAAAGAUAUCGAAAAGUAUCGAAAAGAUAUCGAAAAGUAUCUAUAUAUAUCGAAAAUACCGAAAAGAUAUCGAAAAGUACCGGAAAGAUAUCGAAAAGUACCGAAAAGAUAUCGAAAAGUACCGAAAAGAUAUCGAAAAGUACCGAAAAGAUUUCGAAAAGUACCGAAAAGAUAUCGAAAAGUACCGAAAAGAUAUCGAAAAGUACCGAAAAGAUAUCGACAAGUACCGAAAAGAUAUCGACAAGUACCGAAAAGAUAUCGACAAGUACCGAAAAGAUAUCGACAAGUACCGAAAAGAUAUCGAAAAGUAUCGAAAAGAUAUCGAAAAGUAUCGAAAAGACAUCGAAAAGUAUCGUAAAGAUAUCGAAAAGUAUCGAAAAGAUAUCGAAAAGUAUCGAUAUAUCGAAAAGUAUCGAAAAGAUAUCGAAAAGUAUCGAAAAGAUAUCGAAAAGUAUCGAAAAGAUCGAAAAAAUCGAUAUAUCGUAAAGUAUCGAUAUAUCGAAAAGUACCGAUAUAUCGAAAAGUACCGAAAAGAUAUCGAAAAGUAUCGAAAAGAUAUCGAAAAGUACCGAAAAGAUAUCGAAAAGUACCGAAAAGAUAUCCAAAAGUACCGAAAAGAUAUCGAAAAGUACCGAAAAGAUAUCGAAAAGUACCGAAAAGAUAUCGAAAAGUACCGAAAAGUUUUCGAAAAGUAUCAAAAAGAUAUCGAUAAGUAUCGAAAAGAUGUCGAUAAGUAUUUAUAUAUAAUGAAAAUAUCGAUAUAUAAUGAAAAGUAUCGAAAAAAUAUCGAUAAGUAUCGAAAAGAUAUCGAUAAGUAUCGAAAAGAUAUCGAUAAGUAUCGAAAAGAUAUCGAUAAGUAUCGAAAUUUUAUAGAUAAGUAUCGAAAAGAUAUCGAAAAGUAUCGAAAAGACAUCGAAAAGUAUCGAGAAGAUAUCGAAAAGAUAUCGAAAAGUAUCGAAAAGAUAUCGAAAAGUAUCGAAAAGAUAUCGAAAAGUACCGAAAAAAUAUCGAAAAGUAUCGAUAUAUCGAAAAAUAUCGAUAAGUAUCGAAAAGAUAUCGAUAAGUAUCGAAAAGAUACCGAUAAGUAUCGAAAAGAUAUCGAUAAGUAUCGAAAAGAUAUAGAUAAGUUUCGAAAAGAUAUCGAAAAGUAUCGAAAAGACAUCGAAAAGUAUCGAAAAGUUAUCGAAAAGUAUCGAAAAGAUAUUGAAAAGUAUCGAAAAGUUAUCGAAAAGUAUCGAAAAGAUAUCGAAAUGUAUCGAAAAGAUAUCGAAAAGUAUCGAAAAGAUAUCGAAAAAAAAGAUAUCGAAAAGUACCGAAAAGAUAUCGAUAAGUACCGGAAUGAUAUCGAAAAGUACCGAAAAGAUAUCGAAAAGUACCGAAAAGAUAUCGAAAAGUACCGAAAAGAUAUCGAAAAGUACCGAAAAGAUAUCGAAAAGUACCGAAAAGAUUUCGAAAAGUACCGAAAAGAUAUCGAAAAGUACCGAAAAGAUAUCGAAAAGUACCGAAAAGAUAUCGAAAAUUACCGAAAAGAUAUCGAAAAGUACCGAAAAGAUAUCGAAAAGUACCGAAAAGAUAUCGAACAGUACCGAAAAGAUAUCGACAAGUACCGAAAAGAUAUCGACACGUACCGAAAAGAUAUCGACAAGUACCGAAAAGAUAUCGAAAAGUACCGAAAAGAUAUCGAAAAGUAUCGAAAAGAUAUCGAAAAUAUCGAAAAGAUAUCGAAAAGUAUCGAAAAGAUAUCGAAAAGUAUCGAAAAGAUAUCGAAAAGUAUCGAUAAGUAUCGAAAAGAUAUCGAAAAGUAUCGAAAAGAUCGAAGAAAAGAUAUCGAAAAGUAUCGUUAUAUCGAUAAUAUCGAAAAGAUAUCGAUAAUUACCGAAAAGAUAUCGAUAAGUACCGAAAAGAUAUCGAAAAGUAUCGAUAUAUAUCGAAAAGUAUCUAUAUAUAAGGAAAAGUAUCGAUAUAUAAGCAAAAGUAUCGAUAUAUAA